UUCUUACUUUGCACAGCACCAGUCCCACUUUUGAUUUUCUUCAACGACCUUUUUUUCACAGCAACAUCCACUCAUGCCGCCGCGAGACCUUUCGGCUCCCAUCGCUGAGCUGGCACAGCAGCCAACACGCGUUCAUCUUGCGCCGAAGCAGCUUCCGACCACAGCGCCUGAGGAGCAGCAGUCCGUCGUGUCCACCACGCCUCCGGAGGUUGUUGCCACAGCUGCUCCUUUAUCAACAACAAAAACAACAACAACACCAACAACAAAUAUCCUGGCGUCCAAUCUCAGUGCGGUGCGGGCUCGAAAGGAGUCCAAACCGUUCGCCUUGCCAUCGACUGAGCCGACCCAUCCCAACAACAACAACCAAGAUGGAGCCCGUGCAUCGUCAUCCGGCAUGACGCGCGAGGAUGUGUCACGCGCUUGGACCGAAGAAGGCCGCCAGCUCGUGAUUGUGCACCACAAAGUGUACAAUGUGGAAAACUUCCUCCCGACCCAUCCAGGCGGCAGUGCGAUCGUUCGCAAGUACCUGGGCACGGACAUUACCCACCUCAUGGCCGGCCGUCGUGACGACUUGAUUUCUUCCUCGGGCGUGACUGUGGAGGCCAACCGAACGGAGGAGGCGGCCGACAACGAGGAAGGCAAUGUUCAAGAGCACGGCGCUCAGAACGGCCACGCAAAAAUAAACGCUGCCACUCACACCUCCACGCCGGAUGCCAAUCAAGCCGCGAGAAACAAGCCGCUCCCAAAUGCCACCCCCUCAGUUGGCGCGGACGAGAGUGAAGAAGCCGACGGCAAUGCUCGGACUGAGAGUGUGGCAGAGAAGAACGCUGGGGUUGCCUCGACUCGUUCACAAGUGACUCGGCGCGUGCAUCGGCACAGCCCUUCUGCAUACCGAAUCCUUGAUUGCUAUUGUCUUGGAUAUGUUGCUGGAGAGGAACACAUGCAGCUCCAACGCUCCUUGUCGGUCGACGAUCCCGAGCUCGCCAAACUCGAGGCUCAGAUUGACUACUCGCGCGGAAUCAUUCAACAGGUCCACCGGCUCGGUGCAGGGUACGACAAGUGGGUGCAUUCCCCGAUUGCUGUGAGUCUGCGCAUGUUCGACUCAAACCUCUUGGAGGCCUUGUCACGAACACGCUGGUACGUGAUUCCGCUGGUCUGGAUUCCGGUUGUGGUUGCGCUCUCGCUGCUCUCCUUGUACGGAGGCGCGUAUACACUCGCCGGGCUGCGGGCUGGUGGAGAAAACCCUGUGGACCAGGCACCUUUCCCUGCUGCCAAGUGGACAAACGCCAGUGGCGUUGCGUCCAUCGCUGCUCCAAACACGAGCCCCACCACGCAGCAGCUGAUGCAAGCCAGUUGGAACGAGCUCACCUUCCAGACAUUUGCUUUCGUCUUCCUGGGCGGCAUUCUCCUGUGGACGCUGCUGGAGUACUCGUUGCAUCGCUUUGUCUUCCAUGCAGUUCCUUCUCGAUCGGCGUUCUGGAUUACCUUCCACUACCUGAUGCACGGCGUGCACCACAAAUCUCCAAUGGACGGCGACCGCCUUGUCUUCCCUCCCGCGCCUGCGGCAAUUGUCAUCACCUUGUUGUACUCGCUGUUUGUUGCGGCAUUGCCUCUAGGACUUGCGCGAGCGUUGGUGGCUGGCGCUCUUUUCGGAUAUGUCUGCUACGACUUGACGCACUACUUUUUGCAUCAUGGGACGCCGACGUCGGAAGUGAUUGCAGACAUGAAGUCCUAUCACAUGGCGCACCACUAUGUCAACCAUGAUCUGGGGUAUGGAAUUUCGUCAAAGCUUUGGGACUUUGUGUGGGGAACGGUCUUGGACUACAAGGCUAUUUUGGAAUCCCCGACCACUGCGGCUUCCAAGGCCAAAGCCGAAUAAGUCGACGUUUUCUCUUAUUGAUGGCUGGCGUGCGUUUCGUUGCAUCUGCUUGCAUGGCAUCAGAAAAAAAAAAAAAAAGGAUGGAAAUCUCUUUCUUUUUUGCCAACCAACACCAAAGCGAGAAAAACUGUGUUAUUCUCUAACGCGUGACUGGUCAAUCGUUUUGAACUGUAAAUACUGUCGUUUCCACCGCCGCCAAAAAACCAAAUACACUCGGUCUUUUCAAACA